AUGAUGGUUUAAGUUUUAAUGAUAGAUUUGGAAGCUUAAUCAAUCGACUUUUUCGUCUUAAGAGAGUAAGUUUUCAUUCUUUUCUUUUAAAUAGAUUACCAAAUAUUAUAAAUUAACUUACAUUAAUCUGCAAGAAUUUUAAAUGUCUUUCUCAUCUUUCAAGAGGAAGAAAGGUAAAAUUUAUUAUAAUCUAAAUGUCUUACAUAAUAUUAAUUCAUUGAAGUAAUUUUGUAAAAUUAAUAAUACAAUCUAAAAAUAAAUAAAUAUAUGAAACAAUAAAAUGGAAUGAUGAACUUACAUGAUAUAUUAUUAGACUCAGGUGAAAAACAUUAGGGCUUUAUUUAAUAAUAUAAGCCUCUUAGGAUUCUUGGAAAAGGAGCAUUCUCUACUGUGAUUGAGGCUCUGAAUAUGUCAAGUAAAUUAGUAGCAAUAAAAAUAAUUGACAAAGUUCAUUUUACUUCUUAGCAAAUAGAGAUUUUGAGACAAGAAGCUCAACUUCUAAUUAAAUUAAAUCAUGCAAAUAUCGUGCGUGUAUCUUUUGUAUGUUUGAACUCUUAUUGAUAGAGUAAGGAAACAAAAAAUAAGCUUUUUAUAAUCAUGGAUCUCAUUAAUGGAGUUACAUUGUCAUAAUAUCAAAGGAACUAAUUGGACAACGAGACUGUUGUUUGUAUAACAAGACAGAUGCUUGAAGCCAUAUAAUAUUUACACUAGCAGGAUAUAAUCCAUAGGGAUAUUAAACCUGGUAAAUGUCAAUACCAACACUAGAAAACAUCAUGAUUGAUCCAGAGAAUUUGCAUGUAACCUUGAUAGAUUUUGGAUUGUCAGCUUAAUUGGCACAUAUAGAUGGUUCAGGACUCAUGAGUGAAAACUGCGGAACUAUUUUAUAUAUGGCACCUGAAUAAAUCUAAAAGAAGAAAUACAAUAGAGUAUAUUCUUAUGUUAUCUACUUUAGAGUAUUGAUAUUUGGGCAUUGGGCAUUGUGGUCUUUAAUNAUUUUUCCAGCAAUUUCAUUCUUCUGGUCUAUCAGAAAGAGAUUUUAAAAGAAUUUCUACACAGGGUUCUUAUCAAAUUUGAUUUAUUUGAUUAACUUUGCAAAUUCAGUGUAAAUUGUUUGUUUCUUAAAGGUAUUUAUCAGCUGAAGAAUACUCUCUAGGAUUCUUGA